GACUGCGAAAAAGAGUCAGGUAGUAAGGUUCUAUUCGAGCACCGCGCCGCUGCCAGUGCCCAUCAGCGCUGGCACUCCGCUCCCGCUCGCGCUAGGUGGUAGUCACUCUUCCGACUUCACGCCUCAGGUUGUGCUUGAUUCUCGUUCAUCAGUAUUAUCGCAAUCCACUGUGCCCCCAUAUGUCUCUGUACUCCACACCGGACGAGGCCAAGGCGUCCCAUCCGGGCGUCAAGGAUGCAAAGCACUACGAGCGCAUCUACGACCUCUUGCAGCAGAGCAAGCAAGCCCUUCUUGACAGUGCUCUCGAGAAGGACUACAAUGCCAAGAACAGUCUCACUCCGACGAUGCUCUUCGUCAGCAUUCUUGUGCACAAUGGGAUGCAUCCGGACACGGCAGAAGCCGUCGCUGCAAUGAUCUGUAAGACGUUGAAACUCGGCACCGUCGAGAAUAUUCAGCGAUGCAAGGCUGCAAUCAUGGUAUGCGUCCUUCCACAAGGGCGGGAGUCGCGUGACGCGUUCCACAACUUGAUGAUCGCACUAUCCAUUAGUUCCGAGGAUGUUUUGUGGACGGACGAUGAAGUGAGUGUGGAUGCAAAUGGCCAGAACAUACGGCCACCCAGUCCUCAUACCACACGUCUUAGGGGGCUUCGCCUGGUCGCCAACAUACUGAGGUCCGUAUUGGAAGAAGUUCCCGCUGACACCCCUCCGUACAAAGACUACGCGCGGGAGGACGACAGCCCCCUCUCCAUUGCGUGGAUGUUGCAGCGCCUCAUCAUGCAUUUGGUCGCGCUUGCUUCCUGCGCCAGUGGGCGUGACCCAGAGGACAAGCAGGCCCAGCUCCACAAGUUCGUCGAAUACUGUGCUAUGCAUUGCAGUCAAGUGUUCAUCAAGGCGGAGCUGAGAACACUCAACGAAAUCAUUACUUAUCCAGACCAUCGAUCACCUGCGCAGCUCAACGAGGAAGAAUUGGACAACGCCAACAGCGGCUACCGGGCUGCACUGAAUGGCGAAUCGAUCGUGCCGGAGCGACACGGCGUAGCGAGCAAUCGGAACGCUCCAUGGCACCAGCUCCCAGCUACCAAUGGGAUGAGACAGCAGCGAGAACGAUCCUCCGCAAUACAUGCCAGAGCCAUGCCGCUCGGCGGCUACUCCUUGACUGAUGCAGGCAAACUAUGGGACGACGAGACCAGGAGCGCGACGAGAGAUGUCAUGAAAGAAAUGUUCCAGCAAUACAAGCCCAUCGAUGCCGAGGAUAUCCAAGACAUUGAUGAUCUGGGCUGCAUAGUCUGGAAGGACCCCGAGCGCCCAACCCGCAACUACUGGGGCUUCAGCGAUGAGGGCCUGGCUGCUAUGAGGACGAAUCAGAAGGCGGAAAGGGAGAAGAAGACGGCUGUUGCCAUGGAGUACGAGGAUCUUGAUCGGCCACGUGCAACCCGCACUACCGAGAUUGAGCGAGCCCGCGACCUUGCCACUCGUGGCCGUGGCGGCAGUGGCGGUCGUGGCGGUCGUGGCCGUGGUGGAUAUCGCGGCGGACGUGGUUACUAGACUACAGAGUCUUUUGCCCGUAGCGCUCGCUCAUAAUACUCGCCUUUGAAUCAGAAUCAGAAAACUUGUUCCAU